AACACAAAAAUCUCAAAUUUUGUGAUUUCAACAUUAUAAUCGAAAAUAUAAUCAAGUGCUAAACUUUUUUUCUUACUAAUAAGUAUUGAAAUUUUAUUUGUGGUUAUUUUGAAAGAAACAAUGUCGAAAAGAGCUGACGAGUUAAAAUUGGAUAUUGAAGAAUUUAAUAAUUUACUUCAACAAGCAAGUCGUCAAAGAAGUAAAGAUAUUCUUAAUCUUGAAAUUAGAAAAUUACAAACAGAAUUAGCAAGAUUAAUUGAAGAAAAUAAAAUAUCUCAUACAAUAUCAUCUAAUGUAGUAUCUAAUUCCUCUAAAAAAUGUUAUGAAGUUAAACUUAAUAAUUAUGGUUGGGAUCAAACAAAUACCACAGUAAAAUUGUACAUUACAUUGAAAGAUGUACAUCAAUUACCUAAAGAAGCUGUGAUUUGUAAUUUUACUGAAAAAUCUUUAGAUCUGCAUGUUCUUGGAUUAGAUAAUAAAAAUUAUAGUUUAACAAUUAAUAAUUUAUGUGAAGAUAUUAAUACAGAUAAUAGUACUGUUAAAACUAAAACAGAUAUGGUGGUUGUGUCUCUUGCCAAAAAAAUUGCUAAGCAUUGGUCACAUGUAACAGGAAUAGAAAAAAGAAUCAAGGAAUCAAAAACAUCUUCAGUUCCAGACAUUGGUGAAGAUAAUGAUCCUGGUACUAGUUUGAUGAAUUUAAUGAAGAAAAUGUAUCAAGAAGGAGAUGAUGAAAUAAAAAAGACAAUAGCCAAAGCAUGGACAGAAAGUCAGGAGAAAAAAGCUGCUGGAUUAUCAGAUUAUUCUUAAUUUCAUAUUUAUGAAUAUAUAAGUUUAUUAUUUUAUAAGUUAUUAAUGUACAAACCAAUCUACAUGUAAAAUAUUAAAAUAUAAAAAUGCUUUUAUAUAUAAGUUUGAAUACUUAUUGAUUUUAUAAACAAAAUUAUGUUUCUAUUAUAUAAAAAUUUUAAAAAUGGUGUAUUUUUAUUCAAAUAAAAAUCUUUAUUAUUUUUAAUUAUUGAAAAUUAUAUUUUCAAUAAUUAUUGUAAUAUUAAAUUUAUAAAGUAUUUUUAUUUUUUAUUAAUAUACUGUAAAUCAAUUUUCCAAUGUACAUUGUUGAUUUAUUAUUACUUGUAAUAAAACUCAUACAAAUAAACUUAUAUACAUAAUUAUGCCUUCAAAAA